AUGUCUCUACUGGUUUCUAGCUGGUCUAAUGGAGUUCAAUCUGUUCCAAAAGAUUACGUCAUGCCACCGGAAAGAAGACCUGGCGAUUACAUUGCCGUUUGCAAGGAAAUUCCGGUGAUCGAUCUUCAAAACGAUCGGUCUGAUAUCAUCCAACAAAUUCUAAAAGCUUGUAAAGAAUUCGGCUUAUUUCAGGUGAUCAAUCAUGGAGUUUCGGAGAAGAUGAUGGCGGAAAUGAGGGUUUUGUACGAUGAGUUCUUUAACAUGCCCAUUGAAGACAAGUUAGGUCUUUUCGCCAAGACUUAUGGUAAAGGUUGUACGCUUCAUACGAGCGGUGUGAAUUAUGCGAAAGAGAAAGUUCAUUUCUGGAAAGACACAUUGAAGCACGAUUGUCAUCCUCUGGAAGAACACAUCCCAUCAUGGCCGGAGAAACCAGCCAGAUACCGGGAGGAGGUAGGGAGAUACGCGACUGAAGUGCGGAAAAUGGGUUUCAAGAUUUUGAAUAUGAUCGGAGAAGGAUUAGGACUUCCAGAAGGAUAUUUCGAUAGAGUCAGCCAGGAACAGUAUAUGGCGAUUCACCUAUACCCGCAAUGCCCGGAUCCAAGUUUAGCAAUGGGCAUAGAUGGUCAUGCGGACCCAAACAUCAUAACCUUCCUUCAACAAGACCAAUAUGGGCUACAAAUACAAAAAGAUGGGAAAUGGAUGGGAGUUGACCCAAUUCCAAAUGCUUUCGUGGUCAACCUUGGGUACACCCUCGAGAUUAUAAGUAAUGAGAAGCUGAAAAGUGUGGAACAUCGAGUGGUCACCAAUUCAAGUGCUUCUCGAACGUCAAUUGUCACGUUUUUUUCUCCAAGUCCUACUCUUCCUGUUGAGAAUGAGGUCCCUAUUAUCAUACAACCUGCAAAAGAGCUAGUUACAUCGAGCAACCCACCGGUAUUUACAUCAUUUCAAUACAAGGAUUUUGUAGCACGUUACUUGGCCUUCGUGUGCAAACCGCGUCCUCGCAACGGAACACCGUUGGAUCCUUACCGAAUCUAA